AUGAUUGAGCCUAGAAUCGAAUGGGGCAUUAUUGUCUGCGACGGCGACGACCUCGGAUUCGCAGAAGGGCGGCAGCAAAUCAUUCAAGCCACACGGACUGAAUACUUUGCUGCAAGUCGCCAAACCCUCCAUCGGCUUUUCGAGCAUCGGAUCGUCGACGUUUCAACCCUCUCGGUGGGCCGGGCUUCCGCUUCUCUGUCGCGUAGUCGCAUUCUGCCUUGGCUUCUAAGCAACGAGAACAUUGCGGGCGCUGCAAAUCGCCUAAGAAGCCCUGGUAACCUGUUAGCCCUCGCACCGCUGGUUCAGUUGGGCUUGCCCAGCUCAGAUACUGCAGGCACCUACUUAAUGCACAGAUCGCAGACACGCACCACCGAGUACCGGUUCACAGACGACAUGUCGACGCGCAAAUCGAGGGACCAUGACGUGAUAUUCGGUGCAACUAGUGCGUAUAUACCGUCACAACCACUGUACCUGGACUUCAGUAGGACCGCCUGA